UGCUCGAUGAAAAAUAUUUGCUCUAUUCACCGAAGGCGAUUACUUGUAAAACUGCCACACCUUGAGAUCGAUACAAGCGGACUGAGUAAAGCACUUGUUAUAAGCAUAUGGGUACUGCAUAUCGGUACGUAUGUGGGUACCCAGUUGGUUUGCUCAACGUAGCUGAAAAUUAACUGUACAGACCGAUAGCGUAUGAGGGCAUAAAAUACUUAUCAAUGUAAACGUCGCUAAUGGUUCAUCUAUACUCUUACUGUUGUGAAAUUUUACCGUCAUUCAUCUUAAUUAAUUACAUGACGAGAUUGGUCAACGAAGUAACAGAGUGAGAAAUAUAAUAGAUGGAACAUUUAACGAAAGCUAGCGCCUUGGGUGACGCGCCAACGAGUCGCAUUAAUUACAUCUCGUUACAGUUUGCCAUCGACAUGUCUGUACGCCGGAAAAGCGAUCCUUGUAUGAUUCAGCGGAUUUGGGAUACGAUAAAAAUCACGGUACAUCAAAGGAGCUUACCUAGUAAUGACCGUAUGGUACGGCACAUGGCUCGAGUUUACGGCUUUACAGAACAAGAAGCUCAGGAAGAGCUGAACAAGGCGGUCGAGGAUGGGCUCGUCCUAUUGAAGAAAGUGCCAACGAAAAGCGGCGUCGAGCAAGAGAGUUACAGACUGCCGUCGGUGGACGUAUUAUCGCAGGACGAUAAUCACGAUUGGUACUGUUGCAAGUGCCAACGAGCAGGUGCGGUCGAAUGCUGCGAACAGUGCUGCAGGGUCUAUCACUCGGAAUGCCACGGACCCAGCAACAUGAAAUUACAGAUUUGUAGCUUUUGCGAGAAAAUAAAUAGCGACGUGUAUCCCGACAAGGUCGAGCUCAAUCAUAUUCUUAAUUUUACGUGUGGCCAUCUAAAAGCGAAAUUACCGCCGGAGAUUACAAAUCGUACCAUCGUCUUCAACAAUGAUCCGAUCGUUACACCACCCAACGGCUUUUCCGGACCGACCUGGGUGAGCGAGGGUGAAGACGCGUGGCGGCCAGGAAUUCUCAUAAAGCGUCACAUGGAUCUGGCGAUAAUGGACGCGAAAACGAUCAAUAACGAGUACAACAACCUCGCCGAAUUUGAGGCUGAUGCACAUAAUAUUCUACACAACAUCAUGAUAUAUCACGGAGUUAAUAGCGUGAUAGCGGACAUGGGACGUACCAUGUAUCAGGACUGUUGUUACGACCUUCAGGAGAUACGUCGUUGUGCGGAUUGUUAUCGCAUAUCGAACGAAAAGUCGGAAAAAAUGUGGUUCUGCAUACCGUGUAAUCCCGCUCAUCAAUUGGUCUACGCCAAGCAAAAGGGAUACCCAUAUUGGCCGGCAAAAGUCAUGCAAGUUAACGGCAAUGUAUAUGAUGUGCGGUUUUUCGGAGGUCAUCACAUGAGGGCUAAUAUCGAGAAAGUUUUUAUUCGGCCAAUCUCUUCCACGUUACAAAGUUUACAGAUAAAAAAAUCAACGGCUUGGAACAGAGCUUUCGAAGAGCUGAAGCAUCAUCAGCAUUUAUUGCAAAAGUUGGGAAAAAAUAAGGAAGAUAACUCAAAUGUAACAGAGGAUCCUACGCCUGCGAAAGUUCGAAAAUUGGAAUCGUCGAGUUCGAAAAGUACAUCGCACGGUUCUAAUUUGUCAAAGCAGCUGAUUAAAGAUUUAAGAGUUAGGGUCGAACGCUUGAGUUCGGAUGGCAAUACUGAAACGCAAAAUGUAAACGAUGGGGCGGAUAAUAAAGAAGACGUUGCAAAAACUAACGCCGAGAAUGAAGAAAGACAGGUGCCUCAUUUACCUGUGGCGGAAGAUGAACCCGCGAGAGAAAGCAUAACAAGCACGUGUCCUCAAGGUUUAAAGAAGGAAGGCUCCCAAGAAGAUAUGGUUACAUCUAGUUGUCAAGAACCGAGAUCCAAGUGCGUUCUUGUACAAACUGAACAAAUUCAAACGGACGGGCUUCCCGCCAAGAUCAAAAGAGAACGCAGAACUUCGGAACAGCCAACGACAACGGCGCUGGAAAAAUUGCGCCGUGAAUUAGAACUUGAAAAGUGCAGAGAAUUAGAGAGACUGCAAGCGGAGCACGCCAAAGAAUUGCGACAAUUAACUGACAGACAUCAGCAAAUCGUAUCUGACAUCAAAAAGAAACAAUGGUGUUACAAUUGCGAAGCUGAGGCGAUAUAUCAUUGUUGUUGGAAUACCGCAUACUGCAGUACAGACUGUCAACAGGUUCAUUGGCAGCGUGAACAUAAAAGGGUAUGUAGGCGUAAGCGCUAAUUCAAGUGACGAAUAUAAACGAGUCCAAUCAUGUAUAAGAAAGCAUUCAAAAAUUAAGAAGAAAAAUUAUCUAUACAUAUAUAAUACGUAUCAUAGAUAUAUAGGAUGUCUCGAACAAAAGUUGUACAGUUUGGAAGAGGACAAAUAUGAUAAAAUUCAUGAAACUGAUUUGUUCCCCUGCCAACUCUGCAACUCUUUCAUCCGAAGUUUUUUUUUCAAACACAUUUUCUUCCCGAGAGACAGAGAUCAUUGCCCUGAUAAGAUUAAAAUAAAUCACCCUGUAUAUAGGUACGUAUAAUAUAUACAUGAUAUAUAGGUAAAUAUAUAAUAUAUACAUGUGGAGAGGUGCAAGCACCUUCCAAAUGGUAAAGAAUUAAAUGUUCUCCAUUUGUUUAUCUGGACGCUUUUAUGCACACUAUUAUUGUAUAUAUGUGUGAAUAUGUGUAUAUGUACGCAUGUAUACAGUAUCCCAGGAGUAUGCGAUUUAGAAAUAAAAUUGAACAAGAUUGAUAAUAGAUUUCAUAUCGCAAAGGAAACUUGCAAAUUUGAGAGAAUCAUGUGUAAUAAUUGAGAGAAAAUAAGUAAAAUUGUCCGGCUUAGAUUAAUCAAUGACUCUAAAAAUAAAAGUGUAUUUCGAAUAGGUAUGCAUAUAUGUACACAUAUCUAGAGGUUAACCUGUAGGAGCACGUUAAUAUAUUCUUGACACCAAUUCGAUAUGCCUUUGUAAACUUCCUCUCUAGGAAGGACUGUUAUAUGUACACGCAGAUCUUAAUCUUAAAAGACUAUUUUUACUCGUAUCAUGCAACAUAACAAAAUAGUUUCUAAAUAAUCAUAGUUUUAUACUUAUUGAUAUUUAUAUAUAUUUACGCAAUGGAUUCUGGCAAGAAAGGACGAUUGUAAGAUUAUGAAGAUAAUUCGUGAGUUACGCAUAGAUUUGUUAAUCGUUUUGAUCUAUUAUUUUUCUAGAUAAGUUUUAAUUAUACAUACAAUACAUUAAUAACAGAUUUUAACGUCUGUCAAUAAUUAUGUGUAUAUUGUUAUCCAGUCAUUAAUUAUCAGUUAUUCAUCAUAUUUAUAUGUAUAUAUAUAUCUUGAUAUAUUAUAUCUUUAUAAUUCUCAUUUUAAUCUUUAUCAGACUGAAAUAUAAUUUCCUUAAACAGAAACGGUAAGUUGCACAGAAACAUCAAUAUAUUUAUUUCAUGAUUUAUGUAACAAUCUUCUGAACAAUAUACAAGAUGCCUU